AUGCAGAAGGCCGACGCACUUCAAAAGGUCUGGGGUAAGGACGUGAACUCCCUGAUCCUGUCACUCAUUAUUGCCACUAUACCAGCCCUCGCUGAACAGGGAUCCAAUUUCAAUGUUUCCCCAGAGACGGCCCAGUCCUACGGCUGCGGAGCAAUGUGCUACCAAAUCCUCCAAACAACCAACGCCCUCGACCUCGCCGACGUAGGAUCAGACUUUGACUUCGACUUCUACGAGGUCGCCGACAACUUCACGACGUCCAAACCGGGCGACCUCCUCAAACUCAAGCCCGUCGACCCGACCACCUUGAAAGACAUCUCGGGUGUGUCCGUCUACCGCAUCCAAUACGUCUCCGAAGACCUCAACGGCACCUACGUCCCGGCCACCGGCUUCAUCGCCCUGCCGUAUUCCCUGCCCGACACCGGCGCCUUCCCCCUCGUCGCCUACGCCCACGGCACCAUCGGCACAUACCAUGGCUGCGCUGUCUCCAAUGGCCCAGACCUAUACGACUACAACAGCUGGACCCUCCUCAGCGAGCGCGGCUACGCCGUCGUCGCUACCGACUACGCCGGCCUCGGCCCCUCCACCCCACCCCACAAAUACUGCGCCUUCCCGGCUCACGCCGCCGACAUCUUCCACUCCGUCCGCGCAGCACGCACCGCCUUUGGCCGGUAUCUAACGCGCCGCUGGCUCGCCGUCGGCCACUCGCAAGGCGGCGGCGCCGUCUGGAAGCUCGCCGAGGACAUCGACGCGCUGGCCCUUACCACCCGCACCCACGACCACCCGCGCGACCACCGCGCCCGCGCCCGCCUGCGCGACCUCCGCGGCUACCGCGGCGCCGUCGCGCUGGCCCCCGCGACGAAAGUCUGGGACAUGGCGCUGCUGGCGGAGCAGCUCGUCUUCCCGCGUGAAGACAUGCACGCUUGGGCGGUGGCGGGGCUGGCGCCGUUGCUGGGGCCGGCGGUGCGGAGUGUCUACCCGCAGUUUAAUGUUUCGUCCGUCCUGGCGCCGGCGAUGGUGCGGCGGCUGGGCUUGGUGGAGGAGGCCGGGUUGUGCGUGAGCGGCGUGCUGGGGUUGACGCUGGAUCUGGAUGCGGAGGAGCUGGUGGCGCCGUCGGCGGGGAUGGCGGCGGGGGAUAGGGAGGUGGUGGAGAGGUGGCAGAGGGAGAUGGCGCCGGCGAUGGGGGGAGCGGGGGAGAAGGGGGGGAAGAAGAGGGCGCGUGGGCCGAUAUUGGUGGUGCAGGGGGUGAAUGAUACGGCGAUUUUGGCGGAGCAGACGGUCAGGUCGUGGCGGGAUGCGUGUGAGGGGGGCAGCGAGGUGCAUUUGCGGUUGUAUCCGAAGCAGGAUCAUUCGGGCGUUGUUGUUGCGGCGGCACCGGAUUGGUUGAGGUGGGUUGAGGCGAGGUUUGCGGGGGUGCAUACGCCAGGUCGCUGCACCAAGGUUACGAAGAGGCCGUUUGACUAUGACUUUGUGAGGGCGGAGCUGGAGGUCGAUCCUAGUGCUUUGGAGUGA